GGCGUAUAGGACAGCGUCAAGCAUUCAGGGCCCAUCUCAAUGUAACGCUGGGAACUUCCAACAAUGAAUCUUCGGAAGCCGAAGGUAUUAAAAAUCAGUUUAGUGCGUAUGAUCCAAAAACAUUCCAUUAUAACUCUUCAAUGGCUUUGGUUAAAGAUUCUGAGGAUGAAUUUUUGAAAAUUAGAGUGCUCUGCUGGGUCAUGACGUCCCCGAAAACCUUGUUAUCAAAAGCGCAACAUGUCAAGAAUACGUGGGCAUGGCGUUGUGAUAAAACACUUUUCAUGAGCUCUGUGGAGAAUCGGACGUUUCCGUCGAUAGGCUUAAAUGUCAGUGAAGGCAGAAAUGCGUUAUGGGCCAAAACGAAGGCAGCGUUCACAUACAUAUAUGAGCAUCAUUUUGACGAAGCCGACUGGUUUGUUAAAGCGGAUGAUGAUACCUUUUUGAUUGUUGAAAACCUAAAAUAUAUGCUUGCAUCUUAUAAACCCUCCGAUCCAAUCUUUUUUGGCCACAACUUCAAACAUUUUACACCCCAGGGGUAUAUGAGUGGAGGUGCUGGUUAUGUGUUAAGCAAAGAGGCAGUAGACCGUUUCAUCAACAGGGCUUUACCAGAUCCCAAGAAAUGUAAGCAAGCGGGAAGCGGUGCCGAGGAUGUUGAAAUGGGGAAGUGCUUGCAUAACGUUAAUGUGGUAGCAGGAGAUUCGAGGGACUCUUUACACAGACAUCGCUUCAUGCCAUUUGGACUCGGAAGCUUCCUGCUCAAAGGGAGUCUACCCAAGAAAUUUUGGUAUUGGUCCUACCAAAAAUACCCAUUGCAUGAGGUAAGCAAGCCUCAUAUAUUUCUUUAGUGGGGGUUUUUUCUAUGUGAGAGUCAUAGGUUCAUGGAGCACUAAACUUUUAUGGGUAUUUGGGAGGUAAAUGUGUUUGGAGCUAAAGCAUUUUAGCAUUAAAUGUAUUAUAUUAUCUUUAUAUUAAAAUGAUAAAUAUGAUUUAUAUAGCGGACAUAUUCACUUUAAAAAAUGCUCAUGGUGCUUGAGACAAUAACUUUUACCAGAAAACAAUCUCAAAACCUAAAAAGUCAUGAACAAUAAGAUAAAUGUGACCGGUAGCACAGUUACGCUGAUGAAGUCUUGAGGAAAAGACAUAUUACUGUAUUCGUUUCUUGAAUAAAAUCUUUUGUGUUCUACUGUC